CUCCGCGGGGACGCCCUGCUGCGGCCCCGAGCCCUCUGGGGAGCCUCCUGCGUGGGACACGUUCUGUGCGUGGUGCUGCUGGUGCUGCCCGUGCGCUCCCUGGUCAGGCUCUACCUCCACCUGCUCACCGCACUGCUGCUCUGCGCGGGGCACCAGAGGGCCAGUGAUUUCGUCCGCCAUGAGCUGCAGCGUGGGUUCCAGGGUGCCGUGUACAGCGACGUGGCAGAGUUUGGCCGCUUCGCCACCGCCCUCGCAGGUCAGGUCUGCAUCUGCAUCCUCUGCGCCCUGCUGAUGAGGACCCGGCAGGCCUGGCUGUUCGCCGCCCCGCUGCUGCCCGUGCUGGCCCGGCUGUGCGGCGUCCCCCUCCACGCCCUGCCCCUGGCCAACACUUUCGCCGCCAUCCUCACCAGCGUGGAGGUGCUGUACGUGCUCAGCUCCCACAUCCUCGUCCCCUUCCAGCUGGCUGCUGCCGCCUGCCGUGAGGUCUUGCAGGCCACGGAGCUGUACCGCCUGCUGGCGCUGGGGGUGUCUCUCUGGAGCCAGCUGUCCGUCCCCCUCCUCUUCCUCGUUUUCUGGCUGGUGCUCUUCUCCCUGCGGCUCUCCUCCUUCCUGGCCUCCUCCGGCAGCCCCGUGGCCCAGCAGGGGCUGCUGUUCGUCCUGCUCAGCAGCGUGGCCGAGUGCUGCAGCACGCCCUACUCCCUCGUCGGCCUCACCUUCACCGUCUCCUACCUGGCCCUGGGAGUGCUCAACCUCUGCAAAUUCUACCUGCUGGGCUUCGGUGCCUUCCAGAACGGCAACGUCAUGCACAGGGGGGUGACGGAGGGAGUGACGCUGCUGCUGCUGGCGCUGCAGACGGGGCUGCUCGACCUGCAGGUCCUGCAGCGGACCUUCCUGCUCAGCAUCAUCCUCUUCAUCGUGGUGACGUCCACGCUGCAGUCCAUGAUCGAGAUCGCUGACCCCAUCGUGCUGGCGUUGGGGGCUUCCCGCAACAGGAGCCUCUGGAAGCAUUUCCGCGGUGUCAGCAUGUGCCUCUUCUUGCUGGUCUUCCCCUGCUUCAUGGCCUACAAGAUCGCACGCUUCUUCCACCUGGACUUCUGGCUGCUCAUCCUGGUCUCCAGCUGCAUGCUCACCUCCCUGCAGGUGAUGGGCACGCUCUUCAUCUACGCCCUGUUUGUGCUGGAGCUGCUGCAGGACGCGCCGCUGGAGCGCAUGGACGAGAUCAUCUACUGCGUGAACGCCGUCAGCCGCGUGCUGGAGUUCCUGGUGGCUCUGUGCGUGGUGGCCUACGGCACCUGGGAGUCGCUGUUUGGGGAGUGGAGCUGGAUGGGAGCCUCGGUCAUCAUCAUCCACUCCUACUUCAACGUGUGGCUGCGCGCCCAGUCGGGCUGGAGGAGCUUCCUGCUGCGCCGGGAGGCUGCCAAGAAGAUCAACUCCCUGCCCAGGGCGACGCGGGGGCAGCUGAGGGACCACAACGACGUCUGCGCCAUCUGCUUCCAGGACAUGCGGCUGGCCGUCGUCACCUCCUGCAACCACUUCUUCCACGGCGCCUGCCUGCGCAAGUGGCUUUACGUGCAGGACACGUGUCCCAUGUGCCACCAGCACGUCACGCCGGCGGCCACCAGGGAGGACGGCAGCGCCGGCCCGGCGGCUCAGCCGGUACCGGCCCACGAGGACGAGGUGCCGGGGGUCGGGGGAGCCCCCGCCCGGCCCGGGGAGGACGGACCGCCCCCGGGAGAGCCGCUCGGUGGGGACGGCGGGGCUCCGGGCCCGGGGGACGGCGGGGUUUGGCCGGGUGACGGGGCCGGAGCGUGCGGCCCCCACCUCCCAGCUCAUCGCCACCCCCCUGCUCCAGGGGAGGAAGCGGGUGCCGUCCCGCAGCCCGGCCCUUGUCCCAACACGGUGCCCCAUGGGGACGGGCCCCCCCGGGGGGGCGCACGGCAGCCGGUGCCCUCUGCUGCCGCCACGGACCGCUCUGCCGGCUCAGGCCUUGGCACGGGGCGCGGUGAGGACGGGCACAGCGCUCGCCGCCUCUCCUAGCGCGGCAUCCCCUCCCACCCCCGGUGCUGGGGGUCUCCAGGCCCACCGGGAUGGGGUUCCCCUCCCCGGGGCCGUGCGGGGGAUGGGGAGCAGACCGAGCCGAGCGGCAGCGCGCGGCUCCAGGACUCUUUUUGCAAUAAAUCCACGGUUGAAGCCGCUGCACCCGAGCUGCUUCGAGCUGCA